AUGGCUCCCAAAGCUCAAAUAUCUUCGGUGGAAUUGGAAGCUGAACUCCGUCAACUUUCAAAACAAAAGCCACCCUUUGAUAGACAAGUUGCAACUGUGCGCUCCAAAUUACGGGAACACUAUGAGAGAAUUAUUUUCCUUGACUAUGAAUUUGCGCAAUCGAAAGAAGUCGAACAGAAUCUGUGGAAAUAUGUAUAUUAUAAAUUUAUUGAAGAAUUCAGGAAGAGGAUUCGAACUGCUGUUACCUCUAAUGGAAAAUCUAAGGGAAUUCACCGCAAGUUGACAAGUUCGUUUCGCUCGUUCUUGCAAGAAGCGACAGGAUUUUAUUAUUCUUAUAUUCAAAGACUUGCUGUUCAUUUCGAGUUGAAGCAACUAGAUCCUAUUAUCCAAAAGUUUGGGCUGGCUAUAGAGCAUACAAAUGUUUCCCAUAAUUCCUGUUCUGAUGAUAUUAAGCAGAAAGCUGUGCUUAGUUGUCAUAAAAGUCUUAUAUUUCUUGGUGAUUUGGCACGUUAUCGGGAGUUGCAAACGGAGAAACCGCGUAAAAAUUGGUCUACUGCGUGUGACUACUAUAAUCAUGCAAGGCAUCUAGUUCCUGAAAGUGGUAAUCCACAUAAUCAAUUAGCCGUAAUUGCAACCUACAGCGCCGAUGAAUUUUCUGCUGUUUAUCAUUAUUAUCGGAGUCUUGUUGUCAGGUGUCCUUUUUUGACAGCCAAGGACAACAUUAGCCUUUUGUUUCAUAAGGCUAGAAAAUCUUCAGUUGAUGCUCAAGAGAAAGAACAAGAGACUCCUAGAAAAGACCAGAAAGAAAAUGGUAGAAGACGGUUUUCUCAUCAGCGUCAAGUAUCGUCUGCGACACAAUCAGCGAAAAUUCGAACCGGUGAAGCUACGCAGGCUUUUUUUGCUGAUUUUAUUCGUUUGCACAGCAUUUUGUACUUCAAAACAGAUUUGGAAUCAUAUUCCGAGUUGAAAGCAUCUGUGCUAAAUCAAUUGAGAGAAAGCAUUCUUUCGCUCGUAUUGGAUCCUGAUCAACUCCUGAAAUUUACGGCAAUCAAUAUGGCAGCUUCAUUCGUUAUUCGACAUAUUGCAAAUGGAGAUAAUAACCAUGUUAGUCAAAGUCCAAAGGCACCUAUUUCGUACUCUACAGCUUCGAAAAAAGCCCUCGUAGAAAAAUAUGCAGUAUUAUUAACUUUGGACUCACUUUCUACUUUGUUGGAGAUGUGUAACUCUGAAUUGCUAGAUGUUGCGGUUGAAUACUCAGAUCAGAGACAUAAUGCAGUUCAGAUUCUCCCGGCUUCUGUUAAACGAAGUUUGAUAUCUCUUCGUGUUGGAACCAAAUGGGUUUACUCCUCUCUUGAACAUAUAUCUUCAAUAUCUGCAUUAAUUGCCAAAGACCCUAACGUCAAAAAUGAGUUCUCAAAUAUUACUAGAUUUUGGCAACGGUUUGCUGAAUUUCUUAAUUCUUUGGAGCGUCUGUUCCCUCAUGAACAAGGAAUUCCUCUUGAUGUUCCACUAGCGGAAGAUUUUGAAUUGAACGGAUUUUCAGUUUUAAAAGAUCAUAUUUUCGUAAGUGGACAGAUUCCUCUUAAUCAAGGUGAACCCUUUGAAGAACUAGAUAUGCGCAUAUAUGACAUAUUUGAGGAUGCAUGCAAGAUUUCGGAGUCAGAGUAUUCCCAACUAUUCUAUGUCGAUGGCGUUUUUAGUUCAGGUACACCACCCAGCAAGGCUGCGUCUCCUGCUAAUUCUUUGAGCCCUAUCCAAAAUCAGAUUGCAGACCAAUCAUAUACUGAGAAGAAGAUCGAAGCUGCUGAUUUAAUUACAGAUCCUUAUGAGACUAACCUAGCCGAGUCACAGUCCUUCGCAUCUAGUA